AUGGAGAAAACGCACCAGAUAGUACACAUGACGGAGAUCUAUUCGAGAGCUGCCUCUGUUCUGAUCUGGCUCGGGAGCGACGACAGAGACGUGGAUGGCGUAGUGGAACUCGUCGAUCAGGCUUUGCAACUCAUACCCGAAGUUGUGGAUGACCCGAAGAAAAAUAGAGAAAGCGCAGAACUCCUUGGGCAUCGGAACGCUGAGGGGUCUGAAGCGGGCAAGUCGACGACGAAACAUCUCGAUUGGAAGCCUCUCCGGUCGCUCCUGAAUCACAGCUGGUUCGAGCGUAAAUGGGUCUAUCAAGAGGCAGUGCUCAACGACAGAACAUGGCUGUACUGCGGCAAGCUCGAGAUGCCUUUCGAGCCCAUGGCGGAACUUGCUUUGCGCAUGGCAACAUUUGGGAUCCAGGCACUGCCGAACGAUGGGUCGCUCUCGGACCAGACGGUGGCUUUUAUCCCUGGGCGAUUGUACAACCUCUCCAUGAUGCGUCUCAGCCAUUGGUAUCGGGGAACCAAGCCGAUAACGCUGAUGGACGGGGUCAAAGCGACUAGGUCAUUCUUCUGUAGCAACCCUAGAGACCACAUCCUUGGUAUUCUAGGACACGCAUCAGACGUCGAAAAAGACAGCAUCAUCUCUCAGGACAAUCUUUACUCGCUAUCAGUGCAAGAGUGCUAUCUGCGCUUCGCCCGCUCCCAGCUUUUGGAGAAGCAAGACUUCGCCGUCCUGGCGUUGGCGCCGCAAAAGCUCAUCACUGACGCACUAGCCCCUUGGUAUCUUCGCCCGUAUAUCCGAUGGCAGAAGCAGCGUCUUCCAGGCUUGCCGACGUGGGUUCCUGAUUUGCGAAACCAGGAGAUCGACACAUUGCCAAGUUACACCGUCCGAUAUGGGAAGUUCUCCGCUGGCGGGGCGAAGCCGGGGAGAGUCGAAAUCGUAGACGACAAGAUUCUCGAGUGCGCGGGUAUGUUCAUCGAUUCAGUCAAGGAAGACGGUGUCUUUUUUCCAGAGCUGCCGUUCCCGCCGAAGCCCAAACGCGUGCCAUUUCCACUAGAUCGGCUGGGCAGCUAUCAUUCUCGCAACGCGUGGAGGUCCCUCAACUUUUAUAGACAAUGUGUAAAACUCGCUUGUGGUUUCGAGGAUAUCGACGAGAUGUCUCCCGAGAGACUCGACUCUUUCUGGCGCACUAUGACUUGCGAGAGAAGCCAGCUCAGCGACCGAAUCGAUGUUGACAUGUCGGAUCAUCUGAAGACGAUGAUAAAGGGUAUGGACAUAUGGCUCAACUCGGAGGACGUGGAGGAGGCAGAGAGGGCGCGGGUUCGGUUCGUUCUGUCUGGGCAGUCGAUCGAGAUGAGUGUCCUGUCCGCGGCAACGCCUAGGAGAUUUUCGACCACGGUAGAGGGCAGACUCUGCAUGAUACCAAGGGAGGGAAGAAAAGGCGACCGAGUGUGUCUUCUACUUGGGUCGGAGGUGCCUUUCGUCCUCAGGCCGACUGGAGCCGGGAUGUACGAGGUGGUCGGAGACGCCUACGUGAGUGGAGUCAUGGAUGGGGAGGCACUCGCAUCCGGCAAGUAUCCUGAGACAAAGGUAACAUUGGUAUGA